UUUUAUCUCGGGAUUAGGGUUACACGCAACAAGGUGUGGAGUAUGUUUGCUAGCUCCGAUAGUAAUGAUCACUGCAGUGAUGAUCCAUGCAUAGGGUCAUGUAUUGCAGUCGAAUAACUAUGCACUGUGACCUUCGUUUCGGUAAAAGAUUCUCAGAGAUUCCUUGACUGGCAUUGCCUAAAAUACGAGACACACAGAGGACAGAGGAUGUUUACGAAGGAGCUCGAAUCUUUGAGAUGCUUCGGAAAGAUUUAGACUGCCAAGAAACUGCCAGAUCUGUCCCGUUUCUGAACCAGGAAAUUUGACUGGACUCUUGGACGUAUGCAUUGAUUUCAUGAGUCAAUCGUCACCACCACCAGUGUAAAGUAUCUGAUGACUUUAUGAACCCAUUAUACGAUGAUAAUGUAUAAACCUUCAAGGCAGCUCCAGAAAUACACAUCGGAGGUGGAAACAAGUGGACUGUUUUUUGUCAUCAGUGUCACCUUUACAGACUCGUUGUCCUCUGGAUAGAGAAUUAAAGGUGUCUCACAGUCGGAACAUUAAUUAAAUUGAAAUUCUUAGGUUUAUCUGUGCAAGUCUGAUUGAACAGCAUCAUCCAGCUUUUAAAGUGAGCAGUCAUGAACGACACUGACAACUCAACAGCUGUGACGGACUACUUCACCGACUAUGGCACUUCGUCGCCAGUUAUGGACUACGACAAUGUCACGAGCUACAAUGACACCAGCUCCAAUGACACAACUACCAAUGCGCCUACAACUGACUCCUCCGCUGCUCUCAAUGUAGGGCUGGGAAGCUUGUCGAGUAUCAUCACAGUGACUACCCUUGUGGCCAAUUCCUUAGUGGUGGCCCUGUUUGCCCGCUUCCCUAGCUUAAGGAGUCCCGGUCCUGCUUAUCUCAUACUGAACAUCACCAUAGCAAACUUGAUCGUGGCUGUGACUGCCUUGAUCCCCAACACGGUAGCUUUCUUCACAGGUGGAUGGCUCUUGAGCGACCCCGUGUGCCAACUCAGCGCAUAUCUCUCCUGUUUCGCCUUUCACCUGACCGUCCACACACUUGGUGUAACCUUCUUUGAGAGAUACCUCAAGGUCUGCCGGCCCUUGAAGCACCUCGAGAUCUUUACUCCGACUGUGACUCUAAUUCUGAUCGGUGGACUGUGGUUCUUUGCCGUCGUGUUGUCUCUCUUCCCUUUAGUGGGGUGGGGUGAGUACGCCUAUCUACCAAUUCAACGCCAAUGUUGGAUCAGUGCCGCUGGAUGGCAAGGACACCUGACACACAUGGGCUUCACCUUGGUCAUGACGUUACUCCUUCCCUUCCUGACUUCCAUCGUUUUUCUGAUUGCCGUGGUGAGGUUCGCUGCUAAGCAACGUAAAGUCAGCGCACUUGAUGUGCUUGGAGACCAAGAGAAAUCGGGCAUCCAGGAGACGUAUGGACGGAAAAUGAAGAGAAAGGAACGAGAACUGAAACGUGCCAUCAGAGAAAGGAAACUGAAGAAAGUGAAGAAAAAGAAAAAGAAGGUUAAAAAGGGCAAGAAGAGCAAAAAAGACAACAAAGAUAAACAAUCAUCGUCUUCGUCUUCAUCGUCUUCUUCAUCAUCAUCGUCUUCGUCUUCAUCAUCAUCAUCUUCUUCGGAUGAAGACGAGCGUCCUUCUUACACGAAGUACAAAGAAGCAAAGAAGAAGCAGAAAGUUGAGCGAUAUCGGGCAAACGAAGCCGCCUUGGUCCGUACUCUGUCCUGGAUCUUGCUGCUUCUUUUCAUAGCCUGGGUUCCUUACAUGGUCGCUAAAUGUUUGGAGACUCUAGAGCCGACAAAUGACAUUUCCCCACCAGACGAGUUGUUGAUUGUUGCAGCUUUCUUGACGUAUGCUACAUACGCACUCACUCCCAUCAUACUGCUAGUGGACUACAGAAAAUACCGCAAGACACUUCCAGCCCUCUUUUCCGGCAAGAAGUUAAAAGUGGAGGAGGACCACGCCCCUAAUGUGGGACUCGAUGUUGAAGGGGGCGAGAUGGACUCUGGUAUAGAACUGGCAAAUGCCAGAAAUUUAGCGGAGGGGUCCAAAACUAGCGUCAAAUCAAAUUAGUGGCAAAUCAAAAUAAGUAAGAUAUGGGGAGGUUGAGGGCGCGAUACAAAGAUUGAUUACUGCUGAUACCCUUACCUCAAAUGCUUAGUACUCUCCAAAGUGUCCAAGACUUUUUGAGCAAUUCUUAUUUCUUCAAAGAUCGAUCAUCCCUAAAAGUAUUCCUGAAGCCCAUCGCUAUUUUGAAAAAGGAUCCCUCCACCCAAAUGCAAAUUAAGGGACACUUUCGGGUCCUGGUUUAUCGAAGAUUUCCCCAAAAAAUCCAAUUCUGGUUCGAAGCUAGGACACUUGCUAGAAAUCCUCAUUAUGUAGAUGCAAGGGGCUCAAAACAAAAUAUGAAUACAUUGUAGAUAUGAACAUAAACCUUUAUUUGGUCAGCGUACAUUUGAGGCCCAUAGCAAUGCUUGCAAGCUUCAUGGACUUACAGUUGACUACAACAACUUGCUAAUGUGUACAGUUUCUCAUGGUUUUGACUUUGUUUAGAAAUGUAUGGUUUCUGCUUAUCAAGCCGCAAAAUUAGAUGUUCCUGCAGAAAGGAAAAUUCAUUUAAAGAUAUUAAUGGCACUCGUUUAAUAAACGAUGUGUCACUGAUGGGCCGUGAAACCUUACGAUUGUCAUUUU